GGCGGCCAGGCAGGCGGCGGCGGCGGCCAGGCGGCGGCUCCUCGGUGUCCGGCUCCGGCUCCGGCUGCGGCUCCGGCCCGCGAUGCCCCACUCGGUGACCCUGCGCGGCCCUUCUCCCUGGGGCUUCCGCCUGGUGGGCGGCCGGGACUUCAGCGCGCCCCUCACCAUCUCGCGGGUCCAUGCUGGUAGCAAGGCUGCACUGGCGGAUCUGUGCCCAGGGGACCUGAUCCAGGCCAUCAAUGGCGAAAGCACAGAGCUCAUGACACACCUGGAGGCACAGAACCGCAUCAAAGGCUGUCACGAUCACCUCACACUCUCUGUGAGCAGGCCUGAGAGCAGAAGUUGGCCCAGUUCCCCUGAUGACAGCAAGGCUCAGGCACACAGGAUCCACAUCGACCCUGAGGCCCAGGAUGGCAGUCCAGUGACCAGCAGGCGGCCCUCAGCCACCGGGAUUGGGCCAGAAGAUAGCCGACCAGGCCUGGGUUCCUCGUAUGGACAGCCACCUCACCUUCCAGUCCCUCACAACGGCAGCAGCAAUGAGGUCACCCUGCCAGCCCAGAUGAGCUCACUGCAUGUGUCUCCACCCCCCAGUGCUGACCCAGCCAGGGGCCUCCACAGGAACCGGGACUGCAGAGUCGACCUGGGCUCAGAGGUCUACCGGAUGCUGCGGGAGCCAGCUGAGCCAACCGCUACAGAACCCAAGCAGUCAGGCUCCUUCCGCUACUUGCAGGGCAUGCUAGAGGCUGGCGAGGGUGGGGAGCGGCCUGGGCCUGGUGGGCCCCGGAACCUCAAACCCACAGCCAGCAAGUUGGGCACUCCCCUGAGUGGCCUACAAGGGCUGCCUGAGUGCACGCGCUGCGGCCACGGGAUUGUGGGCACCAUCGUCAAGGCACGGGAUAAGCUCUACCACCCAGAGUGUUUCAUGUGCUGUGACUGUGGCCUGAACCUCAAGCAGCGAGGUUACUUCUUCCUGGAUGAGCGACUCUACUGCGAGAACCACGCCAAGGCACGGGUCAAGCCACCCGAGGGCUACGAUGUGGUGGCCGUGUAUCCCAAUGCCAAGGUGGAACUCGUCUAAGCCAGGACCACCUUCCCUGCCCUGCUUCAUUUAAUGCCCCCAUGUGGCUCAUGUAAAUAUGUUUCCCUGGCCUCUCUAAUAAAGUCCCUUUGCUCAGCCUUGAA